CUCCGCCAUUCUCUCGACAUUGCGCCCCGGUGCGCCCCAAAUCCCACCAUGCCGGUCAACAAUUCGGGGAGGAUUGUCAAGACCCGGAAGGGCAAAGGGGGCACUGCUCACCAAAAGAAUCACCGGUGGGAGUCCUUCACCACGAAAAUCUCCAAGUUAAAUUCCCUCGACCCGAUACGAAGAGUUCGCCGUCACGAUAUAGACACAGAGGAUCUGUCUACCACUACAUCAUAUUUGAGAACUGGGCUGGACAAAUGGGCGGAACUCAACAUGUCCGAGGGCUUCAUUCUAUUCUCUCGCGAGAUGUCAGAUUUGACCGAGAGCUUGCCGCAGAUUGUACACUCGGAAGACAAAAUUAUGGGAUUGUUCGUCACAUACAUGGAGAAGAAGGAAAGAGAAUCUCUGGAACCUCUGUUGGAAUUGUUGACGGACUUUGCGCACGAUCUGGGAGCUCGAUUCGAGAAGCACUACCCCAAGUCACUCGAACUAAUCACAUCCAUAGCGGGCAUGCUACAAGAUGUUGCGGUUAUUGAAUGGAGCUUUACAAGCCUGGCGUUCAUGUUCAAAUACUUGUCAAAGCUUCUGGUGCCGGAUCUUCGACCUACCUAUGACUUGAUGGCGCCAUUGUUGGGAAAACAACGCCAAAAACCACACAUUGCUCGAUUCGCUGCGGAGGCAAUGAGCUUCCUGAUCAAAAAAGCCGGAGCUCCAGCCCACAGAACGACAGCAUUGCCUUUGAUCAUCAAAUAUGCCAAGGAAGAUCUUCAGAGUAUACAGGGGACCAAGGAAUUUGGCCUCUACUAUCACGGGCUCAUGACAUUAUUUGCCGAGGCAAUGAAAGGGAAUGGGUUAAGCGUACACACAACUGGUCCAGCCAUUUUUAAGUCUUUGUUUCUUUCCCUAGAAGACCCAGAUUUAGACUCAAGAGAUAACUCGGCAUGGAUGGAUGUAAUCUGUGGCGUCUUGACGAGCAUCAUACAUCAUUCAAGUUCUGAUACCUUCCCAGAGGUUCUGGAUGUUGUACUGGAAAUGGCUGAGUCUGCCGUGGAGACAUUUCAGCAACAGCUGUCUAAACACAAUCUGCGUAGAUUGCUUCUAUCGGCGCGGACUCUGGGAAUUGCCGCAGGUGUUCGCAAAGGCACCCGAGUCAAAAACUGGAUAUGCCUCCUAACAGCUCUGGCAAGCAUACUCAAAAUCAUCACGAAACAUUCCCAUUUCGUUUUUGAUAUUGACGACUUAGACAUAUGGAACUAUUUAAUACUCAGUAUCUCGAUCGCAUUCCAGUAUGCUCCAAUGGACACACUAAUUACCUUUAUCUCUCCCUUCAUGGACUCGCUGACGAAGGAUCCGCUGAUGAAGUGGUUUUUGACAUUCUCUUCAUAUUUUUCAGAGGUAGAUUCUGAGCGGUUCCGAAGCAUAGCUUUGCCAUACUUCCGGAGAUUCAUUGUUGCACAUUGGUCAGAUGCUGAGAAUGGAGACACCUUUUCUGUUCUGCUGCCGAAGAUGGUUUCGACUGGCGUCCUGCCUAGUCGAUAUGGUAAAGAUGGGUUUGCAUUGCCGCAAUCCUGGCAAGACCAGAUUGUAAGCAAGUUUGAGCGACUGGAGGUGCAGCCAUUUCCGGAACAAUCGUCGCCAUAUGAUAGAAGUCCAACAACAUGGCACGACCGGUGUCUACCAAAAUACAAUGCGUUACUGGAGGUGCUUGACUGCACAGUUGUGCAUCCUUCCACGAACGCGAGAAUCGCUGAGAUUCUGUUACGGAAAUUGAAGCUUGCUCUACGGCCAUCUUCUUCGCUUGCGCCGGAAGAGGCAAAUUUCAUCGUUGGUCGAGGCUUCAGUUCCUUCUCUCGAAUGACGAAAGGAGCUGGUGAGGUCGAUCGAGCACUUGAGCCGCUACUACGUGCAGCAGCCCCAAGAUAUGCCAGGCUUCCUCAAUUUCUCGAAGCUUUACUUGACUAUGAAACAAGUCUUGCAUCUUCAGCUGGACCAAAAAUAUCAUCACCUGAAAAGGACUAUGAUUUGGAUACUGAUGCUGACCUUCUCGUCACAUCACUUAUUUCCAAUCUCUCAACAGACUCUCAUGAUUUGCGAUAUCUCUCCUUACGACUCCUGGACCAUAUAUAUACAACUGAGCAUGGCUCCUCCUCCCAAAGCUUAUCAGCCAUGAUUAUGGUUGAAAACUCUACCCUCGAUCCUCAAGCAGUGCGCUCUGCUUCAAUGCAUAUCCGAAAAUUGGCAACAAUGUACCCCAAUGAACCGUCCGAUUUCUGGGUCAAGGAUGCCAUUCCAGCCUUCCUUUUUGGAAUGCUUACGGUCAAAUUGAGAGAACUUUGGGACCAAGUCGCAGCUUCACUCAAGCAGAUAGCAGAAUCUAAAAGUGGAGACGAAGCUGUGGCCAAAUUAGCAUUUGAGUGGCUCGAACGGCCCUCGAUGACUGGAGAUGGACACAAGAGCUCUGACGAUCAGGACAAGAACAACGGCAUGACGGAUUUCGAAUGCUCGAACCUGAUGAAGCUCAACAAAUUAGCCGAGGAAGCAGGCUUAGGGGUAGCGAAGUCGCGCGAUACAAUGCUACAUAAAUUCGCCGAAGCACAAGAGCUUGUUUCUGCACAGCCCAAAUCUGCCAGAACCCAAGCUCUCAUGGUUCUUUCCGCUGCAUCAAACGUGGCCGAGAAGCGCUCUCGCUUAUUGGUUCCUAUGUUUCUGUCUUGGGCAAAGCAAAAUGCCGAAAUCGAUCAAUCCGAUGAUGACGAGGAGCGUCGUCUUAGUGACUGGACUAGAAAUGACCAGAAAGCGCUGCUGAAUUUGUUCAGUCUCUUCGGCAACCCAAAGUCCCUCCAUCGCUCAGAAGAUGUAUACAACGCUCUCUUGAAUCUUCUUGCCAAUGGUGAUAUCGAGAUUCAGAAAUCUGCUCUUAAGGCAAUCUUCGCGUGGAAACAUCCCAAUAUCCGGCCUUACGAAGAGAAUCUUCUGAAUCUGCUAGAUGAAGCAAGAUUCAAGGAAGAGAUUGCUAUAUUACUUCAGGGGCAGACGCUCGUUCAAGCCGAGCACCGUCUGGGCCUCAUGCCGGUGUUGCUCAGAGUUAUCUACGGUCGUUCAAUUUCAAGAAAAGGUGCUGCUAGUGGUCGACAAGGUAUGGAGGCUCGAAGGCUGACCAUCUUGCGGAAUCUUGGCAGAGAGGACAUGGAAGGUUUCUUAGACAUCGCACUUGGUGAAUUGGCAGAUGUACAACUACUCGAAGGUGGUGCUGUCCGCAACUCGCUCUUCAACAUCGAAGUGAUGAAUAUAAGGAAACAAGUCGGUUUCACUCACAUGAUUGAAGGCAUGUUGAAAGAGCUGGCGACUAAAGUCGCACCCAUGGCAGGGAAGUUGAUAGAUGCUGUACUAUACUGUAUCAUCUUCGCCUACCGCCAACUACAGGACGAGCCUGACAGUACUGAGGAGACUGAUGCUGUAACCACUCAGACAUCCCUUCUAAAGGUAGUCCGCCAGACUGGCUUGAAGUGUCUGGUUCUGCUCUUCACCAAUGCUCCCGACUUCGACUGGUUACCAUAUAUGACCGCCAUCAACAAGCAGAUUAUCUCCCCGCGGCUGGAGAAUCUACCCAUCGAGACGGGCCAAGGAGUUUCUGUAAUCCUUCGACUUUUCUCGACCUGGGCUGUGGCGCCGAAGCUGGUGUUUUUCCUUACCCCGGAAAUGCUGUCUAAAGUGGCAGAAUGUUUGGCACCGCCAAAAUCCAAGGAUGAAGUCAAGCGAUUCGUGCUCAAGGACAUCAUUCAAAAGAUCAUCGGGCAUUCACGCGAUGAUCAUACGGCCGCGAGUUCGGUGAAGGAAUUGAGCUCAAGAGUCAAAGGGGAGAUACUCAGCCCAAGCAUGGACUUCUUCCUUGUGCAAAUUGGCGGCGUUCUUCGUAGCCAGGGUGACAUGGGCAAGGAGUUGCUAGAAUCUUGCAUUGGAACCGUUUCGGAGCUCGCUCAAUUUGUGACUACAUCGACGCAGGCGCAGAACUUGGUCGACGUUUCCAUAUUCUUACUUGAUCAACCAACUCGCAGAGUUAAACCCAAGGAAAAAGGAGCACUGCUAGUCGUGCUGGAACAUUUCGUCCCACUUUACGAUUUGCAAAACGAUGUGGUGCUCAAAGACAGGGUAUUUAACACUGUCACUUCAUUAUUUGGGUUCUUCAAGGACAACGAGUCCCGUCAAGGCCUAAGCCGAGUGUUGAUGGUUUAUGCGGAGAAAGAUCCGGUAAUGGGAGAUGUCGCGCAACUCUGCAUGGGUCUCAAUUCGUUUUUGGGAAAUCGACUGGAUGAGCCUGAUUACGACCGCCGGAUCAAGGCGUUCAAUACUCUAAAUGCUCGUAGAGACUUCACUGCCCGCCAAUGGAUACCUCUGCUCUACAAUAUGCUCUUCUAUAUCACUCACGACGAGGAGUCUGGAAUUCUGUCGUCCAAUUCAUCCGAUACUUUAUGUCAAUUCAUCAGAACUGCUCAAGCUGCGCAAACAGAGAAAGAUGCUUUCAUGGAACUCCUCUCAUCGGUAUUAUUGCCUGCGUUGUACACAGGUGCCCGACAUGAAUCUGAGCUUAUACGCAGAGAAUAUUUGAAGGUUAUGGGCAAGCUUGUAGAGACAUUCCCCGAAUGGACGGAAGUUAGCGACAUGAAAGACCUUGGUGCUGAGCCCAACAUUGACGAAUCUGAGUCCGAACCAUCUCAAUCUUUCUUCGAAAGUAUUUUGGACAUCGGAAAAGGACGACGACCAGCCGCUCUCAAGCGCCUUUGUGAUGCUGCGGAAAAUGGCAAGCUAGGUAGCAAGAACACUGCCCACUUCUUGAUUCCGUUACUGGAGCACUUCAUAUUCGACAAGGCAGAGGGCAACGAUGCCAGUCAGCUUGCUUCUGAGGCAAGUACCGCCAUCGGAGUCCUGGCAAGAUGCCUAGAAUGGCAACAAUACCGCGCCUUGCUGCGUAGAUACAUUGGUUACAUUGAGUCCAAGGAUCAGCCCAAGCAAAUGAUCAGGCUGCUCGGUAGAGUCAUUGAUGCUUUGAAUAUUGACACUCCAGCUACGGUGCUGGGAGAAGACACCGAAACGGACGGAGCCAUGGAAGUUGACACUGCUCCAGACGCAGCUAAAACGGCCGAGUUGAGUACCCUAACGAAGACGAUGCCACGACUUGACAAAUUCGCCGACGACAUCACCUCUAAUAUCCUUCCGCCGUUGACUUCAUAUCUCCAUGACAAGGACGAGUCAACCGUCAGUCUUCGGGUCCCAGUGGCAAUCAUCGUAGUGAGACUACUAAAGCUAUUACCACGAGAACAGCUGAACUCUCGAUUGCCAGCAGUCUUGACAGAUGUAUGCCAUAUUCUCCGGAGUAAAGCUGCCGAAUCGCGAAAGAUGACCAGAGACACGCUAGUUAAGAUAUGUGUGCUUCUCGGCCCUACCUGCAUUGGAUUCGUACUCAAAGAACUGCGAAGCGCUCUGCAGAAAGGCUACCAAGUCCACGUUCUUUCUUUCACCAUGCAUUCAAUAUUGGUAGCUACCACGCCUGACCAUGCCCCAGGUGAUUUGGACUACUGCCUAGGACAGAUUGUGGACAUCAUCACGGAUGACAUCUUUGGUGCCACAGGUCAAGAGAAAGACGCCGAGGAGUACACAAGCAAGAUGGAGGAAGUUAGGAGCAGCAAAAGUUACGACUCCAUGGAACUUAUUGCCAGCACAGCUACUCUAAGCCGUCUCACAGAUCUGGUGACUCCCAUUCGCAAACUUCUGCAAGAAAAGCUCAAUAUCAAGAUGGUUCGCAAAGCCGACCAGCUUUUGAAUCGUAUCAGCAACGGACUGCAGAGAAAUCGCGCAGCAAACAGCAGAGACAGCCUCAUCUUCUGCUAUGAAGUCAUCCAAGACGCCAAUCGCGAGCAGAAGCCGAACGAACGAAAAAAAGUCGACCACAAGCUCAAGAAAUAUCUAUCUACGAAGGGUGCUAGGAGAGGUCUGGAUCGAGGAAAUACAACUGUGUACACUUUUAAGAUUGUCAGAUUUGCCUUCGAUGUCCUGCGAGCAGUGUUGAAGAAACACGACUCUCUCCGCAGUGCGAAGAAUUUGACCGGAUUUAUCCCAGUACUUGGUGACGCUGUCGUGGAAGCUGAAGAGGAAGUCAGAGUUUCGGCCUUCAAAACGCUCACCACAAUCGUCAAAGUACCGCUCUUAGAGGAACCCAAUUGGACCAAUUUAUAUCGAGUUGCUGCUGCAGAGGCUACCAAGUCCGUUAUCGAAAGCCCCCAGACAGAUUCGGACAUUGCACAGGCUGGACUAAAACUGAUCUCGGUUAUUCUCCGUACCCGCCCGGAUGUCAAGGUUAAGGAUACAGCCAUUGAUAAUCUGGUGCGCAAGCUCAGACAGGACAUCACGGAGCCAGAACGUCGACAUGUCACGUUCGGCUUCCUUCGCGCUGUGCUCGACUCCAAAGUUGAAACCGCAGUCGUGUAUGAUGUCUUGGAUUAUGUUGGGGAACAGAUGGUGACGAACUUCGACAAGGAUACCCGAGAUUUGGCUCGCGGCGCAUUCUUCCAGUUUCUGUCAGAAUACCCCCAGAAGAAGGCGAGAUGGUCUAAGCAGCUCAGAUUUAUCGUGGGUAAUCUGAACUAUGACCGUGAAGGGGGUAGAUUGUCCAUCCUGGAGCUUGUCUACUUGCUACUGUCUAAGUCGACAGAUGACGUCGUCCAGCAAGUAGCCACCGCUGUGUUCAAACCAUUAUACGAAGACCGCCUGAACAACGAGGAGAGCGAAAAGUGCCGCAUCGUGGCAUGCGAAGUCCUGAAGGAGAUCUUCAAGAGAUCUGACAUCGAGCGGACGAAUAAUUUCCUCAGCCUCCUUAGAACAGGAAUCAAAAGCGAUGACGAAGAUGUCGUCCGCGUCUCCCUCCAAACCUUCAGACUGUACUAUGACUCGGGCCCCACGGACGAUGGCGAUGUCCCUCUGCUAAUGGACCGUAUAACCAACAUCGGCAAGUCUGCGGAAGAUCCUGGAUCCGAUAUGGGCCAGAUUUUUGAAGCUCUGCUCCUGAGCAACAGUCUCGCUGAGAAGUUUCCUGAGAUCCUCUUCUCAAAAUCAACGUCGCAGUCGUUCUGGACGAUUAUGAGAGCCUGUCUCUCGUACCCGCACGAAUGGAUUAAGCUUUCCGCAUCUAAACUCUUCAACUCUUACUUCGCUGAUUUCGCUCGUACGAGCGCCGACACUGAUCUGAAGCUUCCACUUGAAGGAUCAGGCGGCUUGAAGCUCUCAGGGGACGAUAUCACAGACCUUAUUAGACGAACCACUUACUCCUUCAACACACCCGCAUUCAGCAAUCCCGCAACGCCAGAACUCAUGAAGAAUCUAGUAUUUCUAGCUCGUUGCGCAGGAGCCAAUGAUCUCAAAUGGCGCAGCCUGCCAGCAGGUGACGACGAUGAAGACGAGGAAGAAGAUAGUGAGAAGGAUGGCAGAACAGCUCUUCACUUCCUACUCCGCCGCCUCUCUUCACUCCUCAGGAAAGAAAUCUCACCACCCCGCUUGCCCACUCUACUCCCGCGAACCAAUGGUCUCAACCUCUUGCAAACCCUCAUUCUUACUCUUCCCCCGGCGAUACUGCUCCCCUCCCUCCAACUCGUCAUCCAACCGCUUCACCACAUAACUGAUCCUAAUAUCCCAACACCCUACUCUACCGACGAAGCCUUCCGCUCAGCUUACGAAGACAUGAAGACGUCUGCCGAGGCGCUUCUCGAGAGCGUGAAGAGGAAGGUGGGGAUUGAGGCCUACAGCGAAGCGUUGUUAGAGGUGGGCAAGACCGUUAAGAGAAACAGAGAGGACAGGAGGGCGAAGAGGAAGAUUGAUGCAGUCAGUAGGCCUGAGCAAGCUGGGAAAGAGAAGGCAAGGAAAACAGAGAGGAAGAAGGAGAGGAGGAAGGAGAAGGGUGCAGAGUAUAAGAGUAAGAGGCACGAGCAGUAAAUGAUGACUGGGUUUUACUCGGCGUUUGUGGUGUACAGAGGAAUUGUAGAUAUAGCUAUGCUACCUAGCUACCUGAAGGGA